AUGAUUUCGCCUAAAUUAUCAUGCACUCAGGCUUUAUCAGCCAUAAUUAUGUCUGGUUUCCUUUUGCAACACAUGUUUGUAACUAGCAUGCCCAUAACCAUAACUAGAAUGGUUACCCUUCACAAUUCUUCCAAUUUCAACUGGGACGAAAGCCAAAAAAACGACAUCUUGGGUAGUUUCUUCUGGGGACAUUUGUUGUUCAAAGUUCCAGCUGGACGCUUGUCGGAAAUCUAUGGACCUAGAAUGACCUUAGGCAUUGCGAUGUCUUUAGCUACUAGUGUUAUAAUUUUGACACCUACGUUGUGUUAUUUGGGGUUUUAUGGAACUUUGAGUGCGAGACUGGUUUUAGGAAUAAGUGCUUCUUUUUAUUUACCGACAAUUCCUACGCUUAUUAAGAAAUGGGUGCCUACAGAUGAAGGGUACAAACUUAUAGUGCAGUUGUCGGUUGUGGCUGUUUUUUUAUUGUUAGUUUUGGGUUUAUAUGGGUACUUGAUAAGUAUUCUAGAAUGGGAUGGCAUUUUUUACUUUAUUGGAGUGGUGUCGGGGAUUUGGACAACCGCAUGGUUUUGCUUUGUGUAUAAUUCACCCGAAGAACACCCAACAAUUCGGAAAAUAGAAAAGACCCAAAUUCGGGAAGCACUAAAAGAAAAAGUUUUUUUUUCCGAGACGAGGAAAACCCCAUGGAAGGACAUUCUUUCGUCUGGGGCUGUAUGGGCCUGCAUUUUACCCUUCUGUUGUGCUUCUUUUUCCACAAGUCUGAUUCUAAGCCAGAUGCCUACUUAUAUCAACCAAGUGCUUCACAUGGAUGCCAAAAUCACCGGUAUUUUGAUAAACGCACUAUUCCUAGGGUCACACCUGACUUCUUUUUUCGUAUUUUACAGCGCCGAUAAACUAAUCAAGCGUAAAGUGUGCUCUGCAACAACAACCAGAAAACUCAUGUCUGGAAUUUUGGUUCUUGUACAGAUGUUACUAUUUCUGGCGCAGUCGUUUUGGGGUUACAACCAUGUACUCUCGAGUGUUACUUUCACCAUAUGCGAACCUUUCGGAAACGCAGUCAUGCUGCUGUAUCUUUUAAGCAUCCUAGAUGUGUCUCCGAAUUUCGCUGGUACUAUAUCUGGAAUGGCAACCAUGGGGGGUGACUUAACCAGUUACCUUCAAACCAAAAUCGUCGCUUUGUGUACCUACGACGGACAAGAUUUCGCCCAUUGGCAAAGUGCGUUUUUCGUUGUUGUUGGUGUGCAUUUGGUUGGAUUUACCACCUACCAGGUUUUCGGGUCUGCACAGGUGCAAUGGUGGGAUAAGAAAGAAGGUGCGGAUGGAAGUGUCUGA